AUGGCCGAGAUACCGUCACAGCGCUUCAACAGUCCGAGUACUAGCAUGGUUGAUCACCAGCCAGACAUUCCGUUAACUUCUACUACGGCUCGAGGUCCGCGUGUCCGCGUGACUCGUGCGUUUACUCAGAUUGAGGAGCCGUCAUCGCUCCAGGAGCUUCUUGUGCCCAAUAAAAUGCAUAAUCAGCGACGACUUGUGUCGCCGACACAUAGCCGUGCGUCAGACACCACGUCAACGUCCAAGCCACCAACGUCACCACCGUCUUCGUCAUAUGCGUCGCCUGCGCUCCGAAAGCAACGUACACGAAGCUCUGAUGGCAGUAGUGUCAUGAGUAGUCCACGUCCGACUGCACACAGACGUACAGGACUUCCACCACGCAACAGUAGCACUGAGGCAUCUGAAAGACGAUGCAAUGGUAGCAAUGGACGCCUUGAAGACACUGUGAGUCGUAACGCUAGUAUUAACCAAAUGCAAGAUGUGGAGCACCAGCGUAACUCAACAGAGUGGGCUGAAACAGCUGCAAGAUUGAGUCGACGUGUUCAAGAGCUCGAACUUGAAAAUUAUAGGCUGAAGAAUGGUAAAGAACCACCACAAACAGUACCAGGGGGUGACUUGCGCAGUAAAUUAACCAAGACGAACGUCGAGAACGACGUAUUAAAACCUAUCCGCCAUCGUGGGAAUUUAAGUAAGUCACAAAGCUGUGCCAAUGGAUUUGGGUUUACGGGUUUUACGGGACUUACAGUAGCGGAAGCUGCCGCUGCAUCGCAUCGGACGCGUACAAGACGCUUGGCGUCCGUUGCUAGUGUCACCGAAGCGGCAGGAAAGCUGCGCUCGGGCUACUGGAAUGGAGCAAAUAACGUCAAGAGCAGUUUUAGCUGCAAUAAUUUAUCGGAUCUUGAGCAUCCUGAGUUUGUGCUUGAGAAAAUGCGCACGUACCCAUUUGUGGCGCCCACCACGGCCAACGGUAGGGACAAGAUCGGAACAUCCUUGUCAACUGUUACUGCAACUCCAAGUACGCAUGAGACCUCUCGCAAGAGCGAUUCAAGCUCCGAGACGGAAGAGGAGUCAGCGAGUAUGCGGUCAAAGCAUUUUGCAUUGACGAAAGCACAGCAAUUAUCUGCUACAAUAGCUCAGCACUCUCCGUCUUCGGCCGGUUUAAGCCUUGAUGAAAGCUCGGAUGAAGUGGAGAAUCGGAUAACAUCACCGCGCUCGUACUUCGAAGUAGGACUACGGACCGGUAGUAUCUCAUCAGGACCAACAAGUAUAAUGACAGCAAAACGAUCAAGUAUGUGGGACGUGCGUCUGUGGGUAGGCACGUGGAAUAUGGGCGCAGCUGACCCGUUUGAUGAUGGAAAAGGGAUUAUCGAUGAACAACGCUCAGCAACUAUGUUGCAGAAUUUUUUACCACAUGGAUACCAAUUGUAUGUGCUUGGGAUCCAAGAAGGCGUUUCAGAAAAUGUCUACCACGCCGUGGAGGCGUAUCUAAAUCGCAAUGAGCAAGGUGCACGCUAUUAUCGCAUGGAGAUGAAAAAUAGCAGUUUUAUGGUCAACCAUAAAAACUAUCCUCCUGAUGCCGUGAUUGAUGCUGUUCACGGUCGUGGGGACGGAGCUUUUGUUGGUACAAAGUUUACAGGCAUGGCUGUAUUUUACUGUGCAGAUAUUCAAGAUAAGGUGAAAUUGAUACGGGCAGGGGCACACAAGUUUAAACUUACAAGUGGAUCAAAAGGUGGUGUCGCGGUAGCUUUAAUGAUCAAUCACACAACGAUCGUGUUUGUAAAUUGCCACUUAGAUGCACGAAAUGAUAACUACCGCCGUGAGCAGAUUCGAAAUCUGAAUGCUAGUCUGGGUCGAGUGAUGGGCCACUACAGUUUUGACCUGACGGAACAAUUUCAUCAUGUUGUAUGGAUGGGUGACAUGAAUUACCGCAUUGUGUUACUCGAUCCUCAGAUGGUGCUCCACAUGCUUGAAGAGGGUCGCAAUCUUGAGCUUCACGAUAAAUUUGACGGCUUGUUGAAUGACCGACGAAAUGGCGGUGUCUUUGAAGGAUUUACCGAACCACAUAAAUUUCCCGACUUCUAUCCAACGUACAAAAAGUUUCCAAAGCGUGGACCUGUGAAUGAGAAGCUACCGUUAUGGCCGUCUCUGGUCUGGCGUGUGCUGUACAAGGAGCCGUUUUACAAGGGAGGAAAGGUGAAAAAGCGUGUACCUGGGUGGUGUGACCGUAUCUUAAUCCACUCACUUCUCGUCAGUGACUCAAAACUAGUUCCUGAAAAGGUUCCCGAUCCGACGUCUCGAAAAAAUGCGCAAUUGCGGUAUAUUGACAAUUAUAGAUCCGUUAACCAUGGUGAUGGUAUGGACGUAAGUGACCACAGUCCCGUGUAUGGCACUUUUGUGCUCAGUUUUCCACAUCAGGAGAACGAUGUGUUGGGAUUAGGAUCUCCGCGGAGAUUAUUGCAUCGCAGUUCACGUUCUUUUUCGACAGCCAGUAAAUUUAGUAAUAUAGACAGAUACUCGAGCGCAGUGAACGGUAGCUAUUUUGAUCAAGCUCGUGUUGUUCGGCAGAUGAAAGCGCAGCAACGUCCUGUCUCAACAGUUUUACGAGUUUUCAAUAUGUUUUUGGUUUGGGGCGAUUCCAGUACAGUCGUUCCAAAGAAGACGCGUAUUGUCGCGCCUUUAGUUGGAGAAGAUUCGAAACAAUGUGACGUUAUUGGUGAGCGCUGUCAAGGUUCCAAUGGACUGAAUCUAUCGCUUAACGCAGUUCUUCAACACGCACGGCCGCUUGAGCAGCUUCAUAUGUUGGUAUGGGUUAAAAAUGAGGCAGUUAAUGGGCACUGUACGCUCUCGCUCAAACGUGUGGCCCGUCAGCAAGAAGGUGGCGAAGUCAAGUAUCGUGUUCCACUAUACAACGACUCUAUGAGGGUGCACCUUGAUGGACACCCAUUAUUAGUAGUUUUUUCUGUGCGAAGCAAGACAUUUGCCAAGUAA